UUGCCCUUAUUCCUUUGAGCACCUUUUCCUUCAAAAUUUUCAUUCUGCGAAAGCCGCGUGCCCUAAAAUAAAAAGCUCGUCAAGAAAAUGAAAAAUAUGGAGUCUUGAAGGACGAGCUUGUGUUGUAAACUUGUAACAGCUAGCGAACGUUGGAGCGGCGAAUCACGCCCCAGGGGACGAUGGGUCGCAAGGACGUAGUCAAGUUAAUCGGCUCCGUUUUGUCGCGCAAAACCUCUCCAUUGCCACUAUUUUCUCGCUCUCACAUCCGCCAUUAUACGGCGGCUGCGCCACCUCCUCCAGCCGUCUUCGCUGAUAAAAACACGCGCGUCAUUUGUCAAGGCAUCACCGGUAAAAAUGGAACUUUCCACACCGAACAAGCCAUUGAAUACGGAACCAAGAUGGUGGGUGGUGUAACUCCAAAGAAAGGCGGAACAGAACACUUAGGACUUCCUGUGUUUAACACUGUUGCUGAAGCAAAAGCUGAAACUAAGGCCAAUGCCUCAGUCAUCUAUGUUCCUCCACCAUUUGCUGCAGCUGCCAUUAUGGAGGCAAUGGAAGCCGAGUUGGAUCUUGUUGUCUGCAUUACUGAAGGAAUUCCUCAACAUGAUAUGGUACGAGUGAAAGCUGCUCUUAACAAGCAAUCCAAAACUCGAUUGAUAGGACCAAACUGUCCUGGUAUAAUUAAGCCUGGGGAGUGUAAAAUUGGAAUUAUGCCUGGUUAUAUUCAUAAACCUGGAAGGGUUGGAAUUGUUUCUCGCUCUGGUACCUUGACAUAUGAAGCGGUUUUCCAAACAACUGCCGUUGGCCUUGGACAAUCUACUUGUGUGGGUAUAGGGGGAGAUCCCUUCAAUGGAACAAACUUCGUAGACUGCAUUGAGAAGUUCCUAGCAGAUCCUCAGACAGAAGGUAUCAUUCUUAUAGGAGAGAUAGGAGGGACGGCAGAAGAAGAUGCUGCUGCAUUAAUUAAGGAAAGCGGUACUGAAAAGCCUGUUGUUGCAUUCAUUGCUGGAUUAACUGCUCCACCUGGUCGUCGUAUGGGUCACGCUGGAGCUAUUGUAUCAGGUGGUAAGGGUACUGCACAAGACAAAAUCAAGACUCUCAGGGAAGCUGGGGUCACAGUGGUGGAGUCCCCUGCAAAAAUUGGAGCUGCCAUGCUAGACGUUUUCAAGCAGAGGGGCCUAGCUGAGUAGUUUGAGUUUUGGACAUCUGACUUCAUUUAGUUUCAUCAAAGCCUUUGGUUUUUCUACAAGUUGCAAACACUUGAUUCUUGUGGAUUAUAUUGGCUCUUUUCCUUCUUUUUUUUGGCCCUUUUGAGCAAGGAGAGAUAAGUUAAAAUAAAAGAUAUUUUAGGACCUCGAGGCUACUAAAAAAAUUUUUUUACCACACCCAGUCAUCUCCAGUUUCCCUGGUGAUGGAUUGUACGCCCUUCACACCCUUAGUGAUGAAUUUUAAAUGACUUCAACUUGCUGUUUCUGCAAGGUUGUUUGCUUUGUAAUUCUGUGCGUCUGAGUAAGUUAUGGCGAUCUCUGUCAUUGCACUUCUGUUAUCAAGCCAAUUCAUUUAUGAUGCUUUGAAGGUGCAUGUAUCA